AUGGAAGAAAAGAAGCAUUUUAAAAUAUACAAUAGACUGAUGUGUUCUUCUUUUUAAACAUAAUAUUUAGUAAAAUAUUUUCGUAUACUACUUCACUUCUACUUGAAAAUGCAUAAUUUGCUUUAAAUAUUUGUUCUACUUUUACUUGUUUUAGACAAUAUUUAUUUGUUUGGGUUCAUUUAUUAGUUUUAUUUCGUCAUCAAUUUACGUUGGUUUACUUGUUUUGCAUACAAUUGAAUGUUGGCAAUUAUCAUCGGGAAUACCAAUCUCAACAUUAUCGUUGCCAAAAACAACGACGAUCAUGACAAGGCCAUUGCUUUUAACAACGAAAGAGCCCACAUUUGAAAAUUUAGCUUUAUUAAUUAUAUUAACAAUGGCUCUCGUUCAAUCACUUCUAUCCAUUAUUGGCAGUGUUAUUUCAUUUAUUUGGGCACCGUGUUGUACUGGAGCAUCAUCGAUAUCCACAAAAACACAUUACAAUCAUAAGCAUGAGGUUUUAACGACAUCCGUACAACGAAAUAAUAAUAGAAAACAACAACGUAAUCAUCAUGCCCAACGUUUUCUAACAAAUGAUUCAUCAAUGAUGAAUGGUUACUUACAAAAGAGUCCAUUAAGAACAAAUUAUGAUGAUGUUGAAGAUAAUGAUACAUUAGUCUUUAUUCAUAUACAAAAAACGGCUGGAAGUGAAUUUGAACGAUCAAUUGUUAAAAAAUUAAAAUGGAAUGAGAAUAAUGCACAUACUUGUUUAUGUCCACAAAGAAAUCUAACAACAACCAUUAAACUUCGAUGUAAUUGUAAAAAGUCAUUAAAUUUGCAAGAGCCAUGGAUAAUAAGUCGAUUUAGCGUCGGGUGGAUAUGUGGUGUACAUGCUGAUUGGACAAUUUACCAUCGAUGUUUAGAACAUAUUCUAAAUUAUUUAUAUGGAGCAAAAAAACGAAGAUUUUUGUAUGCUACACUAUUACGAGAUCCUGUAUCACGGUUUAUCAGUGAAUAUCUUCAUACAAGACGUGGUGCCAAUUGGUUACCGGAACGGUUACCAUGUAAAAAAGCGCGUCUACUCCGAAAUCAAACAGCUUGUUGGAAAAAACAAACAUUAGAAGAAUACGCACAUUGUUCGUCAAAUUCGGCUAUCAAUCGUCAAACACGAAUGCUCUCUGAUAAUUCGUUGAUUAAUUGUUCAUCAUCCGAAUUUACCUACGAAAGUUUAACUAAUUUACAAAGUGCUAAACGAAAUCUAAUGGCAAUGAAAUUUUUUGGUUUAACAGAAUAUUUAGAAUUAGAUCAAAAAUUAUUUGAACAAUUAUUUUCUUGUCACUUUAUAUCGUAUUUAGAACAAGAAGAAAAGACAUUAACCAGUGAUUAUAUUAUUAAAUAUAACAUAAGUGAACAGAUCAUCGAAUUAAUCAAAGAGAAAAAUUCACACGAUCUUGAAUUAUAUCAUUUUGCGAAAAAAUUAUACUUUGAACGGACAUGUAAACUAUUGAAUGUUUGCAAGAAAUAA